AAGUCACAGCUAACAAAUACAAAGAUAGUAAAAAAAAUCUUUAUACGCUUGGGGGAACAAAAUCCACAGACUGAAAAAAACGAAACUCUCCGACUUUGCGGAUUUUGCUGGGAUGGCUCCAUGCAACAGUUACUGAUUGACACAAGCGCGCUGUCAUCUGCGUAAAGCCGAUUGGUGGCGCCGCAGUUCUCGUGGCGCUGCUCGUAAGGCGAUUGGCUGCCCGCCCCGGCCAGCUGUACUUCAAAGCGCGCGCUCUCUACAACUGGGUCGAGUUAUAGAAGAGAGAAGAGCCCAAGUGAAGUCAGUGUAGUGCAACUCGAGGAGGGCGCCGCAACUGGGAUCCAAGUCGCCGCGCAUUCUGCUAUCCGGUAGUGGUGGCGGUGGUGGUGUUUUUUUUUUUUUUUUGGGGACUUUUUUGUUUUGGUUUUUGCUUCUUUGCCCUGCCAUUUCAAAGCAAAGCAGAGUAGGCCCUGGCUAUGGCUACGUCUAUACUCGGGGAAGAACCUCGAUUUGGAACUACCCCGUUAGCCAUGUUGGCUGCAACAUGCAACAAAAUCGGUAACACCAGCCCUCUGACCACUUUACCCGAGUCCAGCGCCUUCGCCAAAGGGGGAUUUCACCCGUGGAAGAGGUCUUCCAGCUGUAGCCUCGGCUCGGGCCUUUCCGGCUUCACAGUGGCCACCAGCCGCGGAUCUACUGGACUUACGACGAACAGCGGCUCGGCCAACAGCGCCUUCUGCCUGGCCUCCACCUCGCCGACCUCCUCUGCCUUCAGCGCCGAGUACAGCAGCCUCUUCUCCAACUCCACCGGGGUGCCGUCGCAGGAGUCCGGCCAGUCCGCCUUCAUCUCCAAGGUGCACACCUCGGCCGAGUCGCUGUACCCCCGGGUAGGAAUGGCGCACCCGUACGAGUCGUGGUACAAAUCGGGCUUUCACUCGACCAUCUCGAGCGAAGUUGCUAACGGAGCAUCCUCGUGGUGGGACGUGCACACCAAUCCCAGCUCUUGGCUUGAAGUCCAGAACCCGGCGGGGACCCUCCAGACCCCACAGGCUUCUCUGCACUCGCAGCUCAGCGGCUACAACCCGGACUUUUCCACCCUGACCCACUCGGCUUUCAGCUCGACCGGAAUCAGCCCCACGGCCUCUCACCUGUUGUCCACCAGCCAGCACCUGUUGACGCAGGAGGGCUUCAAACCCGUCAUCCCCUCCUACACGGACUCUUCUACGGCCAACGCUAUGAUUUCGGGGGCAGCGUCGGGCAUCGGGGGCUCUGCCCGCUCAGCCCGCCGGUACUCCGGUCGAGCGACUUGCGAUUGCCCCAACUGUCAAGAAGCCGAGAGGCUCGGUCCAGCCGGAGCAAGCCUGAGAAGAAAGGGCCUGCACAGCUGCCACAUACCGGGCUGCGGGAAGGUCUACGGGAAGACCUCUCACCUCAAAGCCCACCUGCGGUGGCACACCGGGGAACGGCCGUUCGUCUGCAACUGGCUCUUCUGCGGCAAAAGGUUCACGAGGUCAGACGAGCUUCAGCGACACCUGAGGACCCACACCGGGGAGAAAAGGUUCGCCUGCCCAGUGUGCAACAAACGUUUCAUGCGCAGCGACCACUUGAGCAAACACAUCAAAACGCACAACGGUGGCGGAGGGGGCAAAAAGGGCAGCGACAGCGACACCGACACCAGCAACCUGGAGACCCCUCGGUCGGAGUCUCCCGACCUCAUCUUAGAUGGCGUGAACUCCACUAGGGUACAGGGAAAGGACUCGACCCCCGUACAGAACGAAUCUUAAAAAAAAAAAAAAACUUGUUCCUAAAUAACCUAAGAAAUGGACAACGUGGCUUUCUUGGAGGUGACCUGUCUCGGCCCCGAACUAAACGUGCAGGCAUUUUGGAGGCUGAAAAUAAAUAAAUACAUAAAUAAAUAAAUAAAUAAAAAGCAAACGGAGGGAGCGAUUACGAUUUCCUGUUUUAAAUCUUUUCUGAUGGAACUUAAAGAGCAGCAUCACUUCAAAAGAAAAAAUAAAGAUAUUCAAAAAACGACCUUCAAGAAGGACCACAUGUGUGUGAAAAGAUGAGUACUUAAUUCUCAUUGCUAUUGUCUCGGACAGUUCGUCAGAAGAAAUGAAUAAUUGUGUUAUACCAGAAAGCGCAUAAAACAAAAGUGGAAAAAAUCCUGAAAAGGUGAGCAAACUCGACGAGCAAAGCCGGACUGCCAUUGUAAAUCGUGCAUAUUUUCUGUACAGACGAUAUGAACAAGGACACAUGCUAUUAUUAUUAUUAUAUUAUUAUUAUUAUUAUUUUCUUGUGAAUGUUUAAUUAUGCUAGUUUCGUGGUUGGGUUCCUGAAAUUCAGGGAAUUUCUUUUUACUUUUUAAUGCACUUUGUGGGUAUCGAGUAUGUAUGUAAAAAUAUUUAAACAAAUAAUGAGUUAACCAUUUCUUUACUUCGAGUAAUUGAGCCUCUCAUAUUUUAAAUAAUUCCUUAAAAAUAUUGUAUAAAAUGCCGCAAGUAUAAACUUUUCAUUUUCUUAUCAUUAAAGGAAUCUAAUCAUCA